ACUGAGGGGCCUCAGUUGGGGGCUUGCAUACCACAGAUAGAGAGGACUUCUGUAGAGGAACAGUGGAGAUAGUGGACGGUGUGCAGCUUAGUAAAGUUUUGUGGGAUUACCGAGGACAUUUAAUUCUUGUGUGCAUUCAGAUACCUAAUAAACAACCAGGAUAUUUAAUAAAGAACAGUGUUAAACUGCUGAAAGAGGUGAAGCACAAGCCAUCCAGAAGAAUCUCCUGAAAACGCAGAAAUUGUUUGCUACAUUUCACAGACAGAUGGAGCCAAGUCCCAACAUGGAGAAACAUCAGCACUCUGUCAAGAGUUUUACUAAACAAAGUGAUCUCAAAAAACACCAGCGCAUUCACACAGGAGAGAAACUGUAUCACUGCUCAGACUGUGGGAAGAGUUUUAAUCAACAGGGUCAUCUCAAAAGACACCAGCGCAUUCACACAGGAGAGAAACCGUAUCACUGCUCAGACUGUGGGAAGAGUUUUACUAAACAGAGUCAUCUCAAAAGACACCAGCGCAUUCACACAGGAGAGAAACCGUAUCACUGCUCAGACUGUGGGAAGAAUUUUACUAAACAGAGUCAUCUCAAAAUACACCAGCGCAUUCACACAGGAGAGAAACCGUAUCACUGCUCAGACUGUGGGAAGAGUUUUACUAAACAGGGUCAUCUCAAAAAUCACCAGCGCAUUCACACAGGAGAGAAACCGUAUUACUGCUCAGACUGUGGGAAGAGUUUUACUGAACAGAGUAGUCUCAAAAUACACCAGCGCAUUCACACAGGAGAGAAACCGUAUCACUGCUCAGACUGUGGGAAGAGUUUUACUGAACAGAAUAGUCUCAAAAUACACCAGCGCAUUCACACAGGAGAGAAACCGUAUUACUGUUUCGACUGUGGGAAGAGUUUUACUCAACAGAGUAAUCUCAAACUGCAUCAGCGCAUUCACACAGGAGAGAAACCAUAUUACUGUUUCGACUGUGGGAAGAGUUUUACUCAACAGAGUAAUCUCAAAAAUCACCAGCGCAUUCACACAGGAGAGAAACCGUAUUACUGCUCAGACUGUGGGAAGAGUUUUACUAAACAGAGUAAUCUCAAACUGCACCAGCGCAUUCACACAGGAGAGAAACCGUAUCACUGCUCAGACUGUGGGAAGAGUUUUACUAAACAGAGUAAUCUCAAACUGCACCAGCGCAUUCACACAGGAGAGAAACCGUAUCACUGUUCAGACUGUGGGAAGAGUUUUACUUUACAGAGUGAACUUAAAUUACAUCAGCGCAUUCACAAAAGAUAGAAAAGUAUCCCAAAUCUGUUCCUCUGCCAUAAAAAAUGCAAAUCUUAAAUCUUUCAGACAGCCAAAAACACCUCAUCAUGCACAAAAUCUUCACUCUGUUACAAGAACUUCAUUUAAAAAUGGCUUUUUACAGGUUCAGAAAAAUGAAUCUUAUCCAGAGAUGAUGUUUACUGAAUUUCAUGCUGUGUUUUUAUGUAUGUUUGUAUACCUACAUUAGUUAAUGCCUGCAGAGCUCUUCAACACUUAGUGUUGUGUUUUAAGAAGUUUUUACACACAGAAUCAUAAAUGGUACCACUAACAGCAUAAACUAGGAACAUACAUUUUUACAAUUUUUUCAGUGAUAUGCUGAAUAAAUAGUAAAGCGAUGAUGCUAGCUCAGAGUAAAAUCGUAUAUUAAAUCUCAGCAUUAGCUUUAGAACUAAUAAUAAACAAAAGUGAGGAUUUUAUCAUUCUGGGACAUUUUUAGGUUUAAAAAUUGAAUAUGCUUUGCCAUAAGUAGGAAAUGAUCAUUUGGUCAACUUAUGUCAUUUACAGCCUUAACACAUUCUCAAUUGUUUACAUAUAAAAACUUUCUUUAUUUUUUCCUCCACUCCACGUUUGUAGUUUGUAGUUGGAGCGAGGGCACUGCCAGUGUUUGCUCCAGAUGUUAGAUUAGCAUUACUUAGUCUUUUAAAAUUUAGAUGUCGUAGUUUAAAGGAGUAGAGUAUUCUUAGGAGUAGAGAAUAUUCUUAGCUUGCAACAAAAGGCCAACAAAAUCCUUUUCAGAGUUAAAAAAAAAAAAAAAACGGUCUAGCUGUAGUUUCCAUACUGAAAGCAACACUCAGCAGGCUAUGCAGCAGUAAGACUGCAGGAUCCUUGAUUCCCUCUACUGCACAUGUGUCAAACACAAGGCCCGCGGGCCAAAUGUGGCCACAUCCAAGCGAGAGCUUGUAAGAUCUUAGUGUCUAUAAUAAAUAGGUCAGAAGCGUUCUUUGACCAAAAACUACAUUUCCCACAAUGCUUGUCGAUUGUAUUACCCGCGAAGUUACGGCUUACUGCCACUACACGGCAGUGUAGUCAUUGAUGUGGAAACCCUGUCGGAGGGAAGGCGUAACUUCGCGGGUGGAAUUGAGACAUACAAACGUUUAUCCCAUAAUGUCCAGAAAAAGAAAAGUUGAUACAGACGGAGGGCUGUUCUUCAAGGCGAAAGUGUCUCUCUGACAUAUCCUCAUGGAUGAGGGAGCAUCACCUUCAAUUAAAUCUCUCAAAGACUGAACUUCUGGUUAUACCAGCAAAACCAUCUUUUCAACACAACUUCUCUAUAAGUAUCGACUCUCUCUCUCUCUCUCUCUCUCACCGACAAAGGUUGCUAGGAACCUGGGUGUUAUGGUUGAUGACCAACUCUCCUUCACGCACCAUGUGGCCUCAGUUGCUCGGUCCUGCCGCUUUGCGCUCUAUAACAUCCGAAAAAUUAGACCGUUCCUGACGCAACAGGCCACCCAACUCCUGGUGCAAGCGGUCGUCAUCUCACGCCUCGACUACUGCAAUGCCCUGCUAACUGGCCUCCCGGCCUGUGUAGUAAAACCACUCAAGAUGAUCCAGAACGCAGCAGCACGUCUGGUCUUCAACCAACCAAAACGGGCACAUGUCACCCCGCUGCUCAUUGAGCUCCAUUGGCCACCAGUUGAUGCUCGCAUCAAAUUCAAAGCUCUUACAAUCGCCUACAAGGUGAUGACAGAACAGGCUCCUUCCUACCUGCACUCGCUCCUGAAGGCUUACGCUACCUCCCGGCCGCUGCGCUCCUCCAGUGAACGUCGCCUCGCUUUGCCAAACAUUCACACAAAGCAAUCCAGACUGUUCUCAUACAGAGUUCCCCAAUGGUGGAACAAAGUACCUUCCACUACCAGAUCAGGAGAAUCUCUCACUAUCUUUAAUAAACUCCUGAAGACAGAGCUCUUCAAAGAGCACUUACUCUCUUAACACCUCUAACACACUAACUACUUCUAACCUCAUUUCCUUCUUCCUCUCCUUCACUCCUCUAUCCUAUUAUUCCCCUUUGUCCUCCUUUUAUCCCUAUCCAAAGAUGUUUUACCUUUAAACUUAUUUUACAUUGUACUUGACUAUUGUCAACUUUGGACAAAAGCGUCUGCCAAAUGUAAUGUAAUGUAAUGUAAUGAAAGACCGGUAUGCCUUUUGUGUUACGAAGAGUGUUACUGACCAAAAUAAACGCUUGUUAGGAGAGAUAUAAGUUCUGUGUAAAUAUUUAUAAGACAAUAGCUGACAAAAUCUGUUUUAAUGAUGUUAAUAAACAUCACUGUGACAGCGCUAGUCACAGUUUCACCUCAGCAAAGGAGGAGCACGUGAAUCACUUAUCUAACCAGCCUGUACUGAUUUCUGCCCCCUAUAACCCUUUCAAUAACCUCCAAUAGCCUUUAAUUAGUCUUCAGUAGCCUUCAACAGUCUAACCUUGCAGCCGUGGUGUGUUCUAAACUCCGUAGUUAUAAACAUUCUGAGGUUAGCAGCGCGCUAACUGACCUGUUUAUAAUGUAAUCCGAGCAGUGACUCUGUGACGGCUGCUCUAAACUGCUGCUGUUAGCUGCUUGGGCUGAAAGAUGAACUGUAGAGAGCUGUAUUAUCCGGUUAGUGGGGUUAAAAAUCUUUAUUUUCUACACAGAAGAAUUUUAAAAACUGUAAAAGCGCUCCAGACUGCCUCAGCUGAGCCCUGUAGCCCGUGGCUGGGCUGUAGCUCUGACUCAGUAAAGACUGCGGGCUUGUGCUGCUGCUGCAGCUCCGACUAGUGGUUGUAUGAGGAACUGCUAAAUCUGAGGAAAUGCUAAAUCUGUCACAUGUGCUCACACUUUUUAAUUUUAUAUUUAUUAAGCCUUAUUUCAGUAUCAAACGUUUUGAUCAAAGUUAAUAUACUUGUAUUUAAUGUCAUUUCUAUUCACUUGACUAGUUUGGUUCUUGAUUGAUGGAGUUUUUGGAUUUCAUAACAUGACAAAUUAAAAGGAUUUAUGUUAAUAGAGCAACAAGCAAACUUUUUUUUCCAUGCAACUGUAAUAUUUGAUUGAAUAAUUAAUAUAUUGAGAGUUAUUUAACAUUAAGGAGUAAUUACAUUCAUUUUAUAUUACAUUUGAUUACAUUUUAUUACAUUUAUAAGUUACAUCUGGCCCUCAGUGGACAGCCAAUAUGCCAAUGUGGCCCUCGGCCAAAAUGAGUUUGACACCCCUGCUCUACUGGUUUUCUCAUUGGUCUAUGGUUCAGUCAGUCUGAUUAAAAAUCUGCAAGUUAAUCUACAGGGAUAUUUGGUUGUGUUGUGUUGCUAAAGUUAUAUACUCUGUUAUCUUUUCCUUAUUUGGUAUCAUUUUGCUAAAGGGUUUUUUUUUAUAUCUCUAAAGGUACUAAAAAUAUCUAAUCCAUUUACUUUAUUGAUUGUUUUAUCCAGUACCAGCUAUUAUCGUUGUUUUACAUCACCUUAUGUAUUUACUCAUAUUCAUAUUUAUGUGAUUCAAUAAAAGGCUUUUAUAUUGCAAGAUCUGCAAUCUUAUCUAUUCUUUCAACUUAAGCAUUUAGCCAAAAGCUUUUGUACACAGCCAAACAUACAUUCAAGCAACCACUAUAUACAGUGCCUUGCAAAAGUAUUCGGCCCCCCUUGAACUUUUCAAACUUUUGCCACAUUUUGGGCUUCAAACAUAAAUAUAUGAUUUUUUUGUUUGUUUUUUGUGAAGAAUUAACAAGUGUGUAAGAAUACGGAGGAGUUUUGCCUUACUAUGUUCAUUGUUCAUUGAUUAAAGGGUUAAUCUGUGUGUAACUAAAUCAGCAUUUAACUUAAUCAGUAUGUUAUUCAAGCAUUUAGCACGAUUUAUGAUGAUUCACAUUGUGACUUAGAAUGUAUGUAUAUUGUGUCCUUGUGCUCAAAGCAAGGCCGUUUUUCUUGCAACUUAGCAUGAUUGAUUUUUUCCAGCAGAACCAUGAGUUUCUGUACAUGUAAUCUAUAGUCUGAUAAGGUUGGGGUGACCGAGUUCUCGGCUGACGUAUAGGAUGAAUAACUGCUUAUCAGUAUCAGGAUCCGGGGGGUGUGAGGAGCCUCCUCACACACCAUUAGACUGAGGCCAGGCGAAUGCCUGUUUUUAUUAGACUCUGUCUAGGAAGAAGAGUAGAGUUGGGCGGGAGAGCUUCUCCCGAGAGGGACUACAGAGCCACAGGUCCUGUUCACACAGCCGAGAACUCUGGAAACCCCAACUUUUCUCACCUUUGGGGUUUUCCUCUUAUUUUCACCUUUUUAUUUCAAUUCAUUUUUCAAUAAUCUUUUUACUCAAUUUUUGAUGUAUCCAAAAAAACUGUUUUGCUCAGAAGAUUCUUUGAAUAAAAUCUGACGGAACUACAA